CUAUUCUGCCCGAGUGAGCUCACUGCGAUGCUAUAUAAACUGAGAGAGCGAGGCAAAAGUUUGCAGACGGAGGUAGCAUCCUGCAGACUGCUGGACCGCUGGCGAGGGAAAGUUCGCUUCCUGCGAAAUUCAGCCUCCUCUCUGGAAAAGGGAAAAUGAGCCGACCUCUGAGAUCGAAGCUGGAGAGCUUGCAGUGCCACUUCACCUGGGACUUCGAGUUCAAGGACAAGGUGGAUGCCUUGCACAUCCUGCAGACCCUUGCCCCGCUGGCCCAGCACACCCCACACCGCAACCGAGGCGCCUACCUUGCCAUGAGGGCCUACCUCCAGGACUUCCAGGGGAACUACGAGGAGGCCCUGGACAGCCUUCGAGAAGCAGAGGGGGCUCUGAGGCGGGACCACCCCGCCAACUUCUCCCGCCAGGCCCUGGUGACCUACGGCAACUACACCUGGGUCUACUACCGCUUGGUCAAUUACGACAUGGUGGACCUCUACCUGGGACGCAUCCAUGACAUCUGCCGGUCCUUGGCCAGCCCAGAGGCCUACUCUGCGAUGAUCCCUGAAGUCCACGCUCAGAAAGGCUGGUCCCUCCUGGCCGGGGGCUUCCGGAACGGGGACCAGGCCGCAGAAUGUUUCCGGAAGGCGCUGGAGGCGGAAGAGCCCAACGAGGAGUUCCAGGCCGGACUGGCCAUCUCCGUUUAUGCCUCCUACACUCAUUCCUGGGCCACCGAACAGCGGGAAGAAGCCCAGAAGUUGCUGGAAGAAGUCGUCGCUCGCCAGCCGCAGAGCUACGAAGCCAAAGCUUAUUUGGCUCAGACCCUUAUGGCGGUGGACACGGAAAGAGCGCUCUUCCUUGCGGACGAUGUUGCCCAGGAGAGCGUGAACCCUGAAGUCCUCCGAAUCGUCUCCAAGCUGUACAAGCAGCAAUCCCUUCCCCGUACCAUUUCUAUUCUGAAGAAGGCCAUUUCCAUUCUGAAGAAGGCCAUCGCCCUAGAUCCCGGCUACCAUCUCCUACACUACGACCUUGGCAUGUGCUACCUGCAGAUGUUGGAGCACUCUCCAGGUGACUUAAGAGAAGAAGCUGUCGAGGCUGCCAUUGAGAGCUUCAAGCGCGCUCUGGAGAUGGAUCCUUUCUCCAUCUUCACCCGGCUGAAGCUGGCAAAAGCUUACGGCAAGAGGUCGCCAGCUUACGAGGAAGAGAUCUACCUGAACCUGAUGGAGGAGCUCCCAGGAGCCAGCAAGAGAUGCCAGCAGUCCAUCUACAUGCACUGGGGGGACUUCCUCCUCCACAAGAAGGGGAUGAAGAGCAAGGCCCUAGAGAUGUACCAGGCGGCCGCCAGGAUCCCCGGAGACCACUCCCUUGAGAGGAAGCAGCUGGAAAUUGCCUGAAGAGGCCUGGCGAGGAUGUUCAGGGAAGACGGAGAAAUGGACCAAGCGAGCGCUGUCUACAGCUUCCUUAAAGAAACAAGGCUUCAGGUUACAAGUCAACAGGACGGAUCGUGGCGAAGGGGUUCGUGGCGAGGGAACGGCAGGGCCCAGCAGUGAAGGACCUCCACACUCACACACUCGCAAAGAGGCAGGGGGUGGUGGCUCUUUCCUUCCAGUUUGGGAAGAGGCUCUUCCUGCAGCCUCUCAGCCCCUGGACCCUCCAGCAGGUUUUGCUGGGGAAAAGCUGAUUUCCAUGAAGUUUCGUUGCAGUCCCCUCCCCGCACUAAAGAAGAGAAAAAAAGCUUCCAGUUGUGUUUAUCUGUGUAAUUGUUUCUAGAAGUUGCAUUGCUUUUAUUACUAUUACUAUUAUUAUUUUUAGUUGCAGGCAGAAAGUCCUGGAUCUGGCAAGGCUUAAAAUCUAACGGAGGAUUUCAUUGCUGGAGUUCAGUGCAAUGAUCAGUUUGUUUUUCGCUUGAUUCCAAGGCUGUCAGUAUGGAAGAAGCAAGACCUUUUGGGGUGUUAAGUCUACGAGCCCCUCCAUCUUGGGCUCAGGUUGUAUGUAUGUUGUGCAAAUAAAGCAUAUACCCUAAAAACA